CGAAUAUACUAGUAGCUAGGCCUCUACGUAACAGUCAUAAAUUCGAAGCCGUGUAAUGGUAUUUGCUACAGUGCAGUGGGCAACUUGUAACACGAAAAAUAUUUUAAGGAACAACAGUGUUGCAGAAUAGAACUUCACUAUGUUGGCUGCAAUCUGCUACGCGACCUUAAUGAUAACAUAACACGCAUUAACACGGAGUCUGUUCACUGUCUGAAAGUUAUCUGACAGUGUCAAGGUGUUAUUCUGCCAGACACCUAGUUAAGGGGAUACCAGCAUAAAAGGUGAACAGCAAUGGCUACCUGGGACUCCAUCGUAAUCGGGGGAGGAAUUGAGGGCUCCUCCACCGCCUGGCAACUAGCAAGAAACGGGCACAAGACUUUGCUUUUGGAGCAGUUUCCAUUGCCACAUACCAGAGGGAGUUCUCAUGGAGCCUCACGUAUAAUUAGGCAUGGUUAUGCCGAACCUUUUUAUGUUGAAAUGAUGAUGGAUGCCUAUAAAUUAUGGAGGGAAAUAGAGAGAGAAUCUGGGAUUGCCUUAUACAGAAAAGUAGGAAUAUUGACACUGGAAUGUCAUCCAUAUGAAGGAAUUAAAGUGAUGGAGUCUAAUCUUGCCAAGUUUGGAGUGUACUAUAAACGCCUGGGGCCUAGAGAUUUAAAGAAGCAAUUCCCAAUGCUGACAUACCCAAACCAGUACCAUGCCACUUUGGAAGAUGAUGGUGGUAUUUUAAGAGCUGAUCAAGCUCUUAAAACUAUUCAGAGCUUAUUUUCAAGUGCUGGUGGUACAAUAGAGGAUGGAGAAAAAGUAGUAAACAUUACACCAGGGCAUUUGAUAUCUGUUCAUACCAAACAAGAUACUUAUAAAACAAAGAAUCUUGUAGUUGCUGCAGGACCAUGGACCAAUAAACUGUUGGAACCUUUGAACUUAAAAUUACCCCUUCAGCCUUUGGCAAUAAAUGUCCUCUACUGGAAGGAGAAAGAGCAAGGUGAAUACAGCCCAGGUAGAAUGCCAUGUUUUAUACAUUCAAGUAGAGACAGGCUACAAGAAUUCUAUGGUCUUCCAUGUGAGGAGUACCCUGGGUUGAUGAAGGUUGAUCUCCACACUGGAAGGGCUGCAGAUCCUGAUGCUAGAGAUGCCAAUAAUCAGGAUCAGUGGGAUGUCAAGUUGGUUGCUGAGUUUCUGCAGAAACACUUACCAGGCCUUGAGGACAAGCCCAGUGUUAUGGAGAGAUGCAUGUACACUGUAACUCCUGAUCAUAAUUUCAUUCUUGAUCGACACCCCAAGUAUGAGAAUAUAGUCAUAGGAGCAGGUUUCUCUGGGACAGGGUUCAAACUUGGCCCAGUUGUUGGUAAAGUGCUGGCAGAACUGGUGAUGCAGAAAGCGCCAUCACAUAACCUCUAUCCUUUCAAAAUAGAUAGGUUUUCUAAAUCUAAGCUGUAGUAAAAUGCAAUUGGCAGAAAACAGGUUCCAUAUUGUUCAAACAGAAAAAUUAGUGGAAAAUAAGACUAUUUUAUCUAGUUACUUAUGAUGUAACUUGUCCUUUCUUUUAAAUAAUGCUGGACUAUAGUUAUUAGCAAAUAUAUCUGCAAGUUACAUAUUUUUAUAAACUAGGAAUUCUAGGUUAUUAACACUAAUUGUACCAACUGAAGUGUUACAUUGGCUCAGCCACAUGGUUCAGCUCUGACAAAGAAGUAGAUAAUAUCCACUUCUAUGGUUCUACAAGUUUUAUUAAGGCCAGUAAAAGGGUAAACUACGCUUAAAAUCAUGUUUUUGACUUUUUUGUGUGUUCAUAUUAAUCAAAAAAGUAUCUAACGUUGGAUGUAAUAAUUUUUUUGAAUUUGCACCGCAAAAUGAGUCUUUUGAGGAGUUUUUCAACAGACACGUGUCCCAGUCAGGCUGACAACUAAGCUACACCUCUGUAGCUAAGGGUCGUUGCCAUGAGGGGGCGGAGCAUAGAAAAUGAGUCGUAAGCCAAUUACGUGUGCGGUAAUAGGUCAUAAGUCUUACAUUAGCUAAGCAGUGAAGAAGUCGAGUACACUAUGGGGAAGGGAAAAGUUCGUGUUACAAGUCCAUUUCCAGAGGAAAGAAAGAAAAUUUUGAAAGAGAGUAUGCGUGGCGGUUGGGGAAAACCGGUAUUUGUUCAUUCGGAUGGUAUGUAGUACCUCAACACAUCAGAGGUAUUCAUAAAAUAAUAACUUCAUGUUGGCCUAAAGUACAAUGAAUGAUCUGGUGUUAAACGCAAUCCACUGUAAAAUGCCAACGCACCUUUUACAUGCUUCAAAAGAUAUGAAUUGAUACUUUUUACAAUCAACACGUUCGUGGUUUCAAAACUCGCCCACACUCUAUCAUUUUAUUCAAAAGCCUUCUCUCAGCCACUUUUACCGCUGAUUCUUGUGCAGCUGAGCAUCUCCCCUUUAUCUUAGCUGGCAUUUCGAGAGAUACCACUCUGAAGUAAUCACUGGAUUUUUCUGUUGAUCUGACAAUUACCAAGUGCCGUGCAAAAUAAUCCUGCAACGUUACCUGUCAAAAACUCGUAUUAACACAAGUGACAGACACUCGUAUUAACACAAGUGGACUACAGCCUGAUGUCAGGGGUUUUAGAGGAAAUUGUUUGCUUGAAAGUUAUCGUCUUUUGAAGUGAUUAACCCAUUGAAAUAUGGGGUAAUUUAACGUAAAAGACGAUAAAAUCAAAAGUAAAUAGUUUAAGACAAUUCC